UGUAUCGGGUUCGCCUCCCUCCCCCUCCCCCUGCCUGCACUGUCCCAUCGCUCGCUCGCUCGCUUUCUCGCCCGCUCGGUGGCGGUCGUGGGGGAGAAAGUUGCCGGCCGGCCAGCGCACGGGGAAAAGGCGCACAUACUUUCUUUCUUUCUUUCCACCGCCGCCCUCCUCCUCCUCCCGGAGGAGUUCCGAUUCCCCCUCUCUUUCUCUCUCUUCUUUCUCUCUCUCUUUCUUGCUCUGCUCUGGAAGCAGGGGGUCCUGAUUUGGGCGCGGGCGCCGUCCGCCGUGAUUCGGUUCGGCUGAUUUGGGAGGUCUGCUCGUUUGAUCCGGGUUCGCUGAUUGGUUGAUUGAUUGAUUGGUUGGUUCAUCUCCGGCGGCUCGAUUUGAGGGCCGGUCGGCUUGGUCGCCAUGGGGAACUGCUGGGGCGCCAAGAUCAGCUCCGACACCUCCUCCUCCUCCUCCCCUUCAGGGACGAAUUCCAAGUAUGCUACUAGGAAUGGGGCGGCCUUGAGCAGCUCCAGCAGCUAUGCCUCCGCGGCGUCAGUGCCACGGAGCGAGGGUGAGAUUCUGGAGUCAGCCAAUGUCAAGGCCUUCUCUUUCAAUGAGCUGAGGACCGCCACGAGAAACUUCCGUCCGGACAGUGUGCUAGGCGAGGGAGGGUUCGGGUCAGUCUUCAAGGGGUGGAUCGAUGAGAAGACCCUCACCCCAACUAAGCCAGGCACCGGGAUGGUCAUUGCUGUAAAGAAGCUUAACCAGGAAAGCUAUCAGGGCCAUAGGGAAUGGCUGGCUGAAGUGAAUUACCUUGGACAACUAUCGCACCCGAAUCUUGUAAAGCUCGUUGGGUACUGUGUCGAAGACGAACAGCGGCUUCUCGUCUACGAGUUCAUGCCCCGUGGGAGUUUAGAGAAUCAUCUAUUCAGGAGGAGUACACAUUUCCAGCCGCUCUCCUGGAACCUUCGGAUGAAAAUUGCCCAUGGAGCAGCAAAAGGGCUCGCGUUUCUCCACAGUGACAAGGCCAAAGUCAUCUACCGCGAUUUCAAAACCUCUAAUAUCCUCCUAGAUGCGAACUAUGACGCAAAGCUCUCAGAUUUCGGCCUGGCGAAGGACGGACCGACGGGUGACAAGAGCCAUGUGUCCACAAGGGUGAUGGGGACAUAUGGGUAUGCUGCACCAGAAUACCUUGCAACAGGCCACCUGACCACGAAGAGCGACGUGUACAGCUUCGGCGUGGUCCUCCUGGAGAUGCUCUCGGGGCGUCGCGCGGUGGACAAGAACCGGCCGACCGGCGAGCACAACCUGGUGGAGUGGGCGCGGCCGUACCUGACAAGCAAGCGGCGCAUCUUCCGCGUCCUGGACCCCCGUCUGGGCGGGCAGUACUCCCUCGCCAAGGCCCAGAAGGCGGCGUCGCUGGCGCUGCAGUGCCUCUCGGUGGACUCGAGGAACAGGCCGAGCAUGGAGCAGGUCGUCGUGGUGCUGGAGCAGCUCCACGACGCCAAGGAGGGAGGGAACAGCCCUCGCCCGCAGCUGCAGAGAAAGCCGAGCAGCAACCGGGGCGUGAACGGCUCGAGAUCGUCGUCGACCAAGGGGAACAACAAGAAGCCCGCCUCACCGAGACCGGUUUGACCGUGCGAGUGGGAUCACAUAGCAGAAUCUACUAGAGAGAUGCGUCAAGGUGUAAUGUAUGAGUGGUGAUCUGCGAAGAGGCAGCGGAUUUGUGAAUGUUUUGUGCCCGUGUUGUAGGGAUGUAUCUUUGCAGCUUCUAGUGUUGGUAUGUACAGCUUGUAUCUAUCCGGUUGUAGCUAGUCUGUAUGUAGUCCUUUUGUGUAUGCCUGAUUGCUUUGGUUCUGACUUAAGGUCCAGAGGUUUUGAUCUGAUUUAGAUGCAUGCACCCUGUUAAACCAAGACCUUAAAAUAUGAAGAUGAACAGUGUAAAGUACAUAUUUGUCACUUCAUUUAUCAAAUGUGAAUGAACAAUCAUAUUGGUGUUUUA